AUGAAGGAGAGUAAUUCUGAUUUGAGGAAACCUUCGGAUGUUGCGGCAUUAUCAAUUAUCCUUACAGGUUCGGCCUUAACUUUGAUCUAUACGUAUAAAAGGUAUCUGACUCAAUUUAAAAGGACAAACGAUAUUCCACAACGCAUUUUCCACAAACGAUGGCUUUAUGGUAAAGUCACAUCCGUUGGCGACGGUGAUAAUUUCCAUUUUUUCCACAUGCCUGGCGGUAUAAGAGGCGGAUGGGGUUGGUUACGAUCCAUCCCUCAAAUGGUCAAGAACGAUCCUACCGCAGAAAAACUUAUUAGCGGUGACGAGAACUUGAGCUUUUUCAAUUUGAAUUGGAUCAUACAUAGAGGAUCUAGUAAAAGCCAAAUACAAAAAACUAAAAGUCAGUUUUUGAAAUUAAAUGUACCCUACAAGAAUAGAAAAAACCUACCGACGAUUCCCAUAAGAUUAUGUGGAGUCGAUGCUCCAGAAAGAGCACAUUUCGGUAACCCUGCGCAGCCGUUUGGCAACGAAGCGUUAAUCUGGUUACAAAACCGGAUUUUAGGUAAAAAAUUAUGGGUGAAACCUUUGUCUAUAGACCAGUAUAAUCGUUGUGUGGCUCGAGUGUCGUAUUGGGACUGGCUAGGUGGUUGGAAAGAUUUGAGCUUGGAAAUGGUCAAGGAUGGAUUAGCGGUUGUCUAUGAAGGUAAGGUAAAUGCAGAAUUUGACGGUAGAGAAGAUAAAUAUCGAUAUUAUGAAUUUUUGGCGAGGUCUAGGAAAAAGGGACUAUGGAUCCAAAGAAAAGUUGAAACGCCUGGUGAGUAUAAAAAACGUAUUUAA